CGGAACCUGCUCUCGGGUGGUAGCCCCUCCCACCUCGGCCUUGUCUUUUCAGCCUCUAGGGCUUGAAGUUCCCGCCAGGUCUCGGCUGGGCAAGAGCGAUGCUGCCUGGCCCCCCUUGGCUUUGAGGAGAGAGGAACGUCCAGAACCCCCUGCAGCUUCCUUUCGCGCGGAGCCCGGGCAGCCAUGUCCACGGGGUUCUCCUUCGGGACCGGCACGCUGGGCUCCACCACCGUAGCCCCCGGCGGGACCGGCGCAGGCGGCGGUUUCUCCUUCGGGCCGGGGGCAUCUAGCAACCCUUCAGUGGGGCUCACUUUUGGAACUCUUGGAAGCACUGCAACUCCUGCAACGACAUCUGCUCCUUCUGGUGGUUUUGGAACCGGGUUCUUUGGAUCGAAACCUACCACUGGGUUGACUCUGGGAGGAACAAAUAUAGGAAUAGCAACAACUAUAACUACAGGAUUAACUCUGGGAACGCCAGCUACUGCAUCUGCGUCUACCACAGGUUUCAGUUUAGGAUUCAGUAAACCUGCCGCAUCUGCCACACCGUUUGCUCUCCCGAUUCCUUCUACCUCAGCGAGUGGUCUCACUCUUUCGUCUGCUCUGACGUCAACUCCAGCGGCCUCUACCGGAUUUACCCUAAGUAAUUUGGGCGGAACAACAGCUACAACUACUACCCCAUCAACAAGCCUUUCCUUAGGGGGAGCCUUAGCUGGUUUGGGAAGUUCACUUUUCCAGAGUUCAAUACAGCCACAUCAGCAUCCAGUUCCAAAGCAUGACUAGAAGACAAGAAGUAUUCACCUGGAAAUAUACAAACUAAAACUGCUUUUUCAGGAGGAUUUACAAAAAACAAGUAGUAUGUUCACAUUUAUUGAAUUAACAGAUAAACUCUGACCUUUUUAGUAAAGAAAAAUGAAUAGACCCAUAAAUACAGAGAACUGAUGGUUGCCCGAAAGGGUGGGGAGGACAGCAAAAUGGGUGAGGGGGAGUUGGUACAGCCUUCCAGUUGUGGAAUAGGUCACGGGGAUGUAUAUAAUCAGUGGUAUUGUAAUAAGGUUGUACGGUGACAUUA